GGGCUCCACGUACCACUUGUAGUCAAAGUACGAGCUUAUCGUCACCUCCAGCAAUCAGCAGCCACCCGAAGCCUUCUUUGCCCCAAAUCUUCGGCAAUAGCCAGUGCAUUCCGGCAAGCAAUUGCCUCCAUCGUUGUCGGAUCGGUGAAGCCAGCGUCGAUUACGCGGGACGCUCCCAAGAAGCUGCCGUCCGCCGCCACCGCCCCUCGAGCCUGCUUCUUCGCAGGAGAGCAUCGACAUUGACCUUGACACAGCCCAUAGGGGGCGGGAUCCACUUCGGCCGGCUCGCACGAGCAGCAGGUCAUGCUCCAUGAAGAUGAUAGUAUCAUUGGCGUACUGUAGGAUAGACACACCUCCAUCAACUAGAUGAGGUACCAGGCCACCUACUUGACCAGCAUCCUUAGCCCUUCCUAUUAGAAUCGUCAACAUGUCGACUACUAUGUUGAACAGAAUAGGUGACAUCGGAUCUCCUUGUUUCAGGCCCUUAUGUGUUUGGAAGUAGUGACCUAUGUCGUCAUUCACUUUAAUUCCAACACUCUUUUUGCGUGAACGAUUCUACCUGGCGAUCAAAACCUUUCAUGCGCAAGGCCUGUUGAAGAAAUGGCCAUUUGACUUUAUCGUACGCUUUCUCAAAAUCCACUUUGAAAACAACCCCGUCUAGUUUUUUCGUGUGAAUUUCAUGGAGCGUUUCUAAAAAACAUUUAUAUAAUAUAAAAAACAUUAUAUGAGGUUGAGGUUGGUUUAUGAAGAAAGAGAUAAAUUAUUAAGCCAGAUAAUUAUUGGACACACGAAAUGGAAAAUAAUAUAAAUAGGAAAUGAGGCUCCAGUUACAUUUGUUGCUAUAAUAUCGACAAUGUUGUCUCACAAAUCAGGAUGCUAAUGAAAUACAAAAACAAUUUGGAGUUAUAAGAUACACAAGUUUGAGGGAAGAGAAUAGGUAUACUGAUCCAUCAGAAUAUGAAUUCGGUAUGAGAUGCCUAUGUUUUCCGAAUUCGGUAUGACAUACUUAGCAUCUCCUCUCUUGCUGUGUUCAAAUGGUCCCUUUUUAUGUCGCCCCUAAGGAGAGCAACUAUAGAAGACACCAUAUAAGCACUUAAACUAUAAAAAGAACUACCAUUUUAAAGGUUUAUGGUCAAAAAAUCCACUUUAGCAAACGCCCAAUAUCAUCCUCAAUCUGUAAAAAAAAUUGGAUGCACUCUAAAACACCUUCUUAAACUGUAAAUGUGAGUUUUAAAACCAAAAUUUAGGGUGCACUCUAUAUCUCCCAAUGCAUGAAGGGUGGGAAAUUUACGACCAACCGCUCACCUCUCAACACCUUCUUCCCUUCCGGCCGACCGCUCCUCGCCAGGCUGCUGCCUACUCCGCCCAUUUCAUGCCACCAAACCAUGUCCAUACGCGAGCACCAUGAGCGAUGUCGGCCGGCCAACAAGUGGCAGCGGCAGCUGUCGAAGGCAGAUUUGCGCGUGAGAGGUGUUAAGCUUCAAGCACUAGCCAAUGCAACCACAAGUCUGAACUGAUGAAAAGGGCUAGUGCAAUCUACAUAUAUUGUAACAUCCCCUCUCACGUGUGAUGGGGAAGACAAGUCAACACAUGCAACCGGAAGAGAGUGACGGCGCGCGAAACUCACGUAUGACUCAAGAGGCCACUAUGUGGACACAAAGGGGGGGCUACUAGCAUUUUUUAAUAAAUUGCGAAAGUCAGGAUUUGAACUCAAGACCUUAGCUUUGAUACCAUGUUAAGCUUCAUGCACUAGCCAACACAACCAAAAGUCCGAACUGAUGGAAAGGGCCAGUGCAAUCCACAUAUACUGUAACAAGAGGGAGCGGGGAAGAGGAAUUGAGAGAUGCCGCCCGUCGAGCAGCCGCUCGAGCCUCACUCACAGAUGGCCAUUGGCACGUAGGCCACUCCCUGCUGCUGCCCCCCCCCCCCCCCCCCUGGUCAUUCCGGUGCGUCACCAUCAAUACCGGCUCCAAGAUAGCGGUGGCGCACCAUCCUCGACCGCAAGGCCACUGGCUUCACUCUGGCGCGGUGCCGCCACCUCCCAAGCUCUUAUUCGUGCCACCAAACCAUGUCCAUAUGCGGGGACCAUGAGCGAUGUUGGUCAAUGAGUGGCAGGGGGAGGGGGAAGGCAGAUUUGCGCGUGAGAGGGAGCGGGGAGGAAGAAUUGAGAGAUGCCGCCCUUCGAGCAGCCGCUCGACCCUCGCUCGCAGAUGGCCAUUGGCACAUAGGCCACUCCCCGCUGCUCCCUCCCCUCCUCCCCUGUCGCUCCAGUGCAUCACCAUCAAUACCGGCUCCAAGACAGCGGUGGCUCACCAUCCUCGACCGCAAGGCCACUGGUUUCACUCCGGCGUGGUGCUGCCAUCUCCCAAGCUCUUAUUCGACCGAGGAAAUCCGUCUAGGCGCAUGCCAACAACUUGCCCUAUCCUUUCUUCCCAGCGGGUGGCAGUAGCAUGCAGUGGCCAGCUGUAACGAGGCAGGGUGGAUCAGGGGCGGUGACGGACAAGACGAGGUAGAGCAAGAGGGUGGCGGCUCGAAUUGGGUAGCGGAGCGCAGCAAGGAGACACUACCACAGGUGACGGUCCCUGGGCCCGUCAAUGCGGCCCCGUCCAUCACAUAUCUAGUAACCCAUAUAUUACGGGCCCAUAUUUUCUGCCCGUCACAUACAUUAAUUUUGGAGUUAAUUACAUCCAUGAUACAUAAACGUGCUUGGAGAUAACAGAAUCAUACAUAAUCUUGAAAAUUAGUGAAAAGUGGUACACUAACUCAGAUUCAGGUAACAAAUUCAUACAAAACUGUAUGAAUCAACCCACAGGCCAUUGUUUAUUUACAAAAAGAACCAUGAAGCUACAUGAAUUUGUACAACAAAGAUCCUAGCCUUAAAAUUCCCAAAUCUACCGAUGUGUUCGUCGCAGCAGAGGGCGGCUGCCGCUAGAGCCCAGCAGCGGUCAAGCACAUCCACCAGCAGCAGCAGAAAUAAGAAGAGGCAGCCCCGGAGGGUCAUGCUGCACGACCCGCCCGCCGCGGAGGAGCCCUUCGAUGGCGCCGCGAUGGCGGGGUCUGGCGAGCCACGCAAGAGGUAGCCAUCGGUGAGCGGCGAUGGGAGAGAGAGCGGGGUGUGAAGAAGUCCCUCCAGCGGCGGCAAUAGGAGACCGAGGCGGUCGUGCAACAAGAGUCAGGCGCCGCCCGGGCCACUGCAGUUCAGCGUGGUGGUGACCAGUGGGUACAAUGAGAUGUGGGUUUGGGCAGACCGGGAGGUCCUGCCUCGCUGGUGAGGUGUACGACCCGGAUGUUUAGAUCACCUGUGCGAGAAGCCACGAGUCGAUAAGAAGGGAAAAAAGAAAAGAAAAAAGGAGGUACCCACUGCCUGGUGGGGCCUAUGCAGUAGAGGAAAUAUACAGCCUUAGUUUUUGGAUGUUUGACUUCGUGGUCCACUACUAUUAGAGUCUCUAAAAAAAUUCUAGGGUACACUGCAAAAUCAUUUUAGGGGCUUGAACUAUUGGGUAUCUGCUAGAGUUGUUUUUAUAGAUCUCAUUCUUUGAGCCAGUUCUCACAAGAAAAAAAACUACUAGGUAGAAUCAAAUUCUGAUGUAUGCCCUGCUGAUAUUUUGACAACCCGGUUAAAUACUUAAAUAGUUAACCAUUGUAAAUAAUUGUAAUGCACUUGUUCGUUUGCUUUACUCGUAUUCCUGGUUGUGUGAUUGAGACAUCCAAUCAAUGGUUUGAGACACUAACAACUGUAAGCUGAAUCCUUUGGGCCUCUCCAUUUGCGUAGUUUCCUAUCAUGAUUUGCUAGUGCAUGGUACAUGUUUUGAAAUCACCUCAUCAACGCAUCUAAGAAAUAAGGAAAGUGCACUAUUCUAGAAUAGCCUCGGCAUCCGCAUCAAAAUUCAUGGAAUUUUCUAUUUUUGGUAUAACAUUUUUGUUUUCUGUUUUCUGAUUUUUGAGUUAGUAGUAACUUUAACAAAAACGAAAACCAUGUGCAAGUUUAAAAAGUUACACAUAACUGUUAGAAAAAAAAAUUGUUUUCAACUUUGGAAAGUUAAUAGUAACAUUCAAAACUUAUGUUUAACUUUUUUAAUAAUUAUGUAUAACAGUGUAACUAUGUUGACUGACAAAUAAAGAGUUUUUCUUAUUUCUCGGUUAACUGGGAGAUAGAUAGUAGACCCUAAUGUUUUAUGUCUUAGGGUAGUUUUGUAUCUAAAGGGUACUUCAUUUAAAAAAAAUUAGGCUCAAAGUGAGUAUGCCAACAAUAAAUUAAUUAACGUGCCUAAGCUGCUGUGCAAGAAUAGUAUGCUAAGGGCACUCCAAUGAGGCCAUGGCAACGUCCCAUAACUUGUGCCAACUCUGCAAAAUCUUACGUGCAUGAGAGAGAAAUAAGAAAGAAAAGAGAGGUUGUAUGUUAGAUAACCAGCAAUAAUAACAAAUAUAAAUUUCCCUUGCUCCUCUCAUUGUAGGUGUGGUCUGAAUAGAAUACAAAAUACAACAACAAUUUAUUGACAAACUUGCAUAAAGAUAAUAUGGUGGACACAACAACCUUUUUUUUGUAAUUAAUUAGAGUUCCACAUUAAGAAAAUAGCUAGCUGGACACUCUUAAGGCACAAUGCAAAGUGGAGCACCUAUACCCAUGUUUUGCCCCCCCACCCCCCCUGUUUUAUAUUUACUCGUAUUCCCAGUUGUGUGAUUGAGACAUCCAAUCAAUGGUUUGAGACACUUACAGUUGUACUCUCUUCGUUCCAAAUUACUCGUCGCAGAAAUGGAUGUAUCUAGAACUAAAAUGCAUCUAGAUGCAUCCAUACUUGCGACAAGUAAUUCGGAACGGAGGGAGUACAAUUGUAAGCUGAAUCCUUUAGGCCUCUCCAUUUGCGUACAUGUUCUGAAAUCACCUCAUGAAUGCAUAAUAUUUUCUAUUUUGCUAUUUCUUGGGCAUCUAAGAAAUAAGGAAAGUGCAUUAUUUUUAGGAAUAGCCUCUGCAUCCGCAUCAAAAUUCAUGGAAUUUUCUAUUUUUGGUAUAACAUUUUUGUUUUCUGAUUUUAGAGUUCUAGUAACUUUAGCAAAAACAAAAACCAUGCGCAAGUUAAAAAAGUUACAAAUAACUAUUAGAAAAAAUGUGUUUUCAACUUUGGAAAGUUAAUAGUAACAUUCAAAACUUAUGAGUAACUUUUUUAAUAAUUAUGUGUAACCAUGUUGACUGACAAAUAAAGAGUUUUUCUUAUUUCUCAGUUAACUGAAAGAUAGAUAGUAGACCCUAAUGUUUUAUGUCUUAGGGUAAUGUUGUAUCUAAAGGGUACUUAAUUUAAUAAAUUUUAGGCUCAAAGCGAGCAUGCCAACAAUAAAUUAAUUAACGUGCCUAAGCUGUUGUGUAAGAAUAGUAUGCUAAGGGCACUCCAAUGAGGCCAUGGCAACGUCCCGUAACUUAUGCCAACUCUGCAAAAUAGUUCGUGGAUGAGAGAGAAAUAAGAAAGAAAAGAGAGGUUGUAUGUUAGACAACCAGCAAUAAUAACAAAUAUUAUUAUAUUUUCCUUGCUCCUUCUCUCAUUGUAGGUGUUGUCUUAAUAGAAAAAAAAAUACAACAACAAUUUAUUGGCAAACUUGCAAAAAGAUAAUAUGGACACCACAACCUUUUUUCGAGUUCCACAUGAAGAAAAUGGCUAGCUCAACAACCAACCACCUGCUAUACCCAUGUAAGUAUGUAAUCUCCAUGGUUCAGUUUUUUUUAAUAUAAAGGCAGUGGUAGUUUUCUCUCACUGUCAUUCAAGGUUCAAUAAAAAUGCAAAGUUGGAGCAUUUGGAAGGGCCUUAGAGCAUCUCUAGCCGUUGGAGCCCUCAAGAAUACCACCGAACCAAAAAAGUUGAUGCCAAAUGCUUCAUCCGGCGAAAUAGAAGUGCGUGGGGAGGGCAUCUUCCCAGCCACACCCCACCCCAACCAAAAGUUUGUGAGGGAAAUGAUUAAGUGGGCCAAGAAAAAGGACAUGUGGAGAGAUACGAUUCGCCGAAACUUCCGCCGGCGCCCCCAAGAGCCCCCCAACAUGCUGGGUUUUGGUUGGGUUUGCCGGCGCUAUUUUGACGUCCUGGGGCGCGCUGGGGCGUGGCCGGGCCAUUUUUCGGCAAAAAGCACUGUCCGAGUCUCUUAGAAUGAUGGGUUACUUAUCUUAUAGGGAUGAUACAAACAGUGCUACUUUGGAAUUUGCUCGUUCCUUUCUGCUAUAAACAAUUUGGCAAAACCUGAAGCAGAAUUAGAGCGAAAGAAAUUAUGUCUGAUGAGCAUACACUUGGAUUACAAAAGAACUAGAAUGAGUAACAAAAGAACUAGAAUGAGUACAACAUCAGAUGAACGAUGUAAUUCUAUCCAAGAUCAAUCUUUGCUGAAUUCGACGAAAGUCGCAGUGUAUGCAAUUACAACCUCCUUUUUGAGGGUCUUACGCAUGAGGAAUCUUUGAGAUUCCCUAAAGACUUGGUGUUAAGAUCGUAGAAAUGAGGGGAUCGCACUAGACCACCAGCACCAAACCGACCAUGGCGAAAGUUACCACGCACAUGGGUUGUCGACAAACCACGUGCAGACUUUAGGGAAACUGGGAAUAAUCAAGACUUCUUCCUCUCUCAGUCAUGGAAAAUCUGCAGGCACACAACCAUUAAUUAAUCAGUAGAGAUCGGCAUCAGCUGCAGAGGUGUGCUCGUCUUAUACAUGACAGCAUCUCGUUGACGCCAGGAAGCCACACUCCGGCAGCUGCAGCGAAUUUAUGCAGGUCGAGGCUAGCUGAGAUCCAUGGCGUCGAGCAGGGCGAUCUUGGCCAUGGGCCUCCUUGCCGCCGUGCUGUCCCCCGCCUUGUCAAAGCGGUCGUUUAUCUCCAUGCCAGCCGACGUGAGUAGUCCUGUGACCCUGGCCAACGGCCUCUCCUACGGCUACCACGCCAACUCCUGCCCGCAGCUGCAAGACAUCGUGUGGCCGAUCGUGGAGAGCGCGGUCCUGGGUGAGGUGGCCAUCGCCGCCGGCCUCCUCCGUAUCUUCUUCCACGACUGCUUUCCUCAGGGAUGCGAUGCGUCCGUCCUUCUGACGGGACCCAACAGCGAGCGGGACCUGCCGCCGAACCAGACGCUGCAGCCGCGUGCGAUGCAGCUCAUCGAGGACGUCCGCGUCAAGGUACACGCCGCCUGUGGCGCCACCGUCUCCUGCGCCGACAUCAUCGCCCUCGCCACCCGCGACGCCGUCUUCGUGGUACGUGCACACGUCGGUCGCUGCUGUUGUACUGUACAACGAAAGCAUCUCCCUACCUCACUCGCGAAAGAACCUAUGCAGGCCGGGGAAAGCGAAAUGUUCUACUUCUACGACCUGCCGCUCGGCCGGUUUGACAGCCUCGAGCCGGCUAAUAGCAGCGCCGUCUUCGACCUCCCGCAGUCCACUGCCGACGCCGACACGCUCAUCAACGCCUUCAAGAGCCGCAAUCUCGAGCCCAUUGACCUCGUCGCGCUCUCUGGCGCGCACACCGUCGGGAAGGCGCACUGCAGCUCCUUCAACAACCGCUUCUCCGAGGACGCCGACUUCGCCAGGAGGCUCGCCGCCAACUGCUCCAGCGACCAGAACCGGCUGCAGGACCUCGACGUAGAAACCCCCAUCGUGUUGGACAACCAGUACUUCAAAAACCUGAUGGAGGGAAAGGGGGUGUUCACCUCCGACCAAGUGCUCAUCAGCGACGGGCGCACCGACUGGGCGGUCAAAGGCCUCGCCGAGAACAAAUGGUGGUUCUACAGCCAGUUCCGUGACUCCUUGGUGAAGCUGAGUCAGUACCAACCCGGAGGAAACGUGGGCGAGAUCCGCCGCAACAGCUGCUUCGCGCCCAACGGACAGAGCAUUCCCGCCACCGCCGGUGACGAGGGGUUCGCAGCCUCUGCUUGAGUUCACCGCUGACUACGGGAUCGUCGUUUAGUUUGCUUGUAGUAAGAGUAUAAGCUAGUGUGUGCUGUGCUUCGUUCAAUCCUCUUUCGUGAUGGCUCAGAACACGUUUGAAACAGUUGCACGGGGUUUGUUCCAAUAAGACUGGUCGUAAUGGAAGUAUCAUAACUAGUA